GUACAGCAUCCUGUGUGAAAGUCUAUUAUAAGUAGUUUCGCGGGUAGCGUGAACUUCCCCAUCAGAAGCGAACGAGCGAAAAGGCUGUAGAAUAAAAUCAUCUCAAAAGAUUCCUAUUAGGUGAUGUUCCUCUCUGGGCUGUGGCUUUAUAGACCGCAGUUACACGAGACUCCCCUGCUGCAGAAGAGCACGGCGGAUUCCAGGCGGCCAUGGCGCACGUCAGCUCGGUACAGGCCCGCCGAGCGGCCCUUGAGGGCGCCCUAGGUGGGAAGUCUGCGAACACUCCGGAGCCCCCCAGCCCUGCUUUUAAAGCUAAGCUUUCGGAGUCCCAAAGCAGCGGAGGCACCCCCCGAGCACCACCACAGUUCACCAAGCCGUCCAUGCCUAAAUCCUCCCUGGGUGGGGACAAACCGACCCCGGUGGUGUCGUCUGUUCUUCCGAAGCCCUACCAGGCCCCCGAAUGGCCAAAAAACCAGAACAACCGUUCAGGAUCCCCCAAACCCAUCCGAGGGCCCAGCGCCAGCCCUUUCACCGCGCCUGAGCCUGAGAAACAGGCAGAAACGCCCCUGAGGACGAAGAGCAACUUCGAUGGCGGCAACAAGUUCAGCAACGUAUCACCCAUGAGCUCCGCGCCACCAGUGUUGUCCUCUAAGCCAUUGCUGAACCCACCUACCAUAAAACCCAGCCUACAGCCCAACUCCCAGGCCCAGGAGAGUGAUCCCUCUACCCCCAGGAAAAAAACCUUGCCAAAUAUUUUCAGUCUGGGGAACGCACCCCCGAAACCGAACAGGCCCCCCAAGGUCAACCUGGAGAUGUUUACAGGGGACAGAAGGUGCGUGAAAGAUGACCCCAAACAGAAGAUGGGGGGAGCUUUCAGCAGCCAGCCAGUGAUGCCCCCUCCUGCCCCGAGCCUUUCCCUGCGAGCCCCAUUGGCUAAAGCUCAGCCUGAACUGGAGGAGGAGGAGGAGGAGGAGAGCUACGAUGACGUAGGCCUCUCGGGCGCCCCGCCGCCGCUGCCCCCUGGAGGGCAUCCCAGUAUGAAGCCAGAGGAUGAGGGUGGCGAAGAGAUGUACGAAGAUAUCGAGGAAUUGAGGACGCCAAAGGACUCCAAAGAAACGCGAGAGCAGGAAAAGAAGAAUGAAAAGGAUAAAAAGAAAAGAUUAGAGCAGGAACGAAAAGAGCAGAAGGAACGAGAGAAGAAAGAGCAGGAAGUCAGGAAGAGGUUCAAGAUAAUGGGACCGAUCCAGGUUAUCCACACGGCAAGAGCCCGCAAGGACUGUAAAGGGGGCAAGAACGACCUCUCUCUGAAAGAAGGACAGACCAUCGAGAUCGUGCGCAUCUCUGACAAUCCAGAUGGCCGCUGGCUGGCGCGCACAUACGAGGGCUCUUAUGGUUACGUCAAGACCGCAGCGGUGGAAGUAGAAGGGGCGUCUCAAGCACAAACAGGGGGGAAUAACAGUGAAGAGUUUCCUCCCCCUCUGGAAGAGGACGAGAUCUACGACGACUUGGACGAUGGGGACCUUAACUUACCCCCCCCUCCUAUUCUGGAUGAAAAUAAUGAGGGGCUGGGGGCAGCCAGUGGGGAUGAGGUAUACGACGAUGUCGACAGCUCCGCCUUCCCCCCACCCCCUCCCAUGAACAGUCUACCACAGUUGAAGCCCAAGGGGAAACUGGAAGAGAAGGACCCCAAAAAGCAGAAGAAAUUUGAGAAGGAGGAGAAGGAUUUCAGGAAGAAAUUUAAAUACACUGGUGAGAUUACCGUACUGGACCAGGUAACUGUUGUUCCUGUGUUGACAAGUAAGAAAUGGGGGAAUAAGGACCUCCCACUGAAGCCUGGCGAGAUAAUUGAUGUCAUCACAAAGCCUGUGGAUAACAAGCUGAUUGGUCGAAAUCAGGAUGGGAAGUUUGGUUAUGUCUCAACUAGCAACAUUGUGGAAGGGGACAUUGAUGUUUACGAUGACAUAGGUGAAGGCUGCAUCUAUGACAACGACUGAGAAGGUGCCACAGAGGUUUACCACUCUUCGCUAGGAUGGUGGCCAUUUGUUUGUGUGGUGUGUGUGGUGUCUCAAAAUUAUUUACUGUGCAUGAAUGCAAGAGAAUUAUGGAGCAUGAUAAUAUAACUGAAACAGUCUCUGUACCAGCGUGUUCUACAAAAACAAACAAAAAAAUGAUCGGGGGAUGGGAUUCCUGUGUUAAUAUUUGAAGCCCACAGUGUUGGACAGAGAGUAAAAGUCAGUACUGGCCAUCUUAUGCCUUGAUGCAAAUGUUGCAGGAGUGAAAAUGUUCUUUUCUUACUCUUAAAAAAAUAAUUUGGCAUUCAGUAGUACUUUCAUCCUUUUAUUCACCCGGACAUCUUCACACCUGUGGUCUAAGCUGAGGGUCCUGUCCUGUGGUUUGGAACCACUCAACAUUGUUUCUGAUUGAUCAAAUUUAUAAUCAAGUCUCACUGUAACUUUGGAUACUUUUUCUGACUUUUUGCUAUUUGCUUUAAAUGUAUUUAAUAAAAUGUUAUAUUUAAAUGUUG